AUGUACAUGAAGUAUUGGAGGUCUUUGAGGAGUCGAUCAACACCGAAGCAGGUCAAGGAUUUGGCAUCCCGUUUCAAGUGGUGCGCUGAACAAUCACAAAUGCUCUACGAGGACUUUUUUUCUUCCGGGUGCGACUGGAAAAAGUCAACCAUUUACCGGUCGGUGACCAACACCUUUGAAAACAGGCGCACCGGAAAAAGGAAGUGGCUGACCAGGCAGCAAAUGUUGCCUUUCUUCGACAACGAUCCAGCCGUGGUCGACGCGGUGAUUCUGCGCAAGAAAUCGGACCCUGAACUUUGCAAGAACGAGAUAAGACCACACCCAGAGAACCCGAGCGUAAUGCAGUACCUGGUUCUUGUGGAGGAUGAAGAGGAGGCCACUGAACGGGACAGGAUCCUUGAUAAGUUCAUCAUGUCAACGUCCAGCCGAGGUGGUGGUGAUGACCCGUCAGGCUCUGAGGAUGAGGAUGGCGAAAGUGAUGGUGAGGGCAGUACCCGUGAUUCCCCUGAGAAGAAGAAAAGCAAGAAGGAGAAAAAGGAGAAGAAGAAUAAGAAGGGAAAGGGAAAGAAGGGACAGAAGGCUAAUCAAAACAAAAACUGGGUGUGUAUGUUGAAGCUGCUAGCGAAAAAGAAGGGUGAAGUCAGCCCAGAGGAGGCUGAAAAGGAAAAAGCUAAGGAGGCGUACAAGGAAGAGAUCAAGAAGGUUAAGCAGGAGGCCAUCGACAAAGAGAUCGAUGCCCUCACUUCGAACCUUGUGAAGUUGAGGGCCACUUUGCAAAAGGCCUUGGACGAUGCGGACAUUGUUUGGGUGGAAACCAAAGUGAAGGGCAAACUUCGUGAAAGUGAGCCCGUAUCCAAAGAAAUCCCAAUCAUUCUACCAAAAGAUUUGCUUCGCUAUCUAUUUGGUGAAUUGGGUGUGUCGAUUGAUGCUGAAGAGGUGAGAAGGUAUUGGCAACAUGCCAGAGAAUGUGGCUGCCCAUGGGGAAACCUUUCCGACGGUGAUCAUCACAUACCAUGCGCUUUGUACGGUGACAGUGCAAAGUAUUCGUACAUUGGCGAGAAGAUCACCUGUGUCUUCUUUUCCUUGCCGCUUUGGAACCCACGAGCAGCAAGAUAUCGCAUAUGGCUGUUGUUCGCACUGGAAACUUAUCAAACGCUUGGAGGUUUGACCAUCAACCCAUUGUACCGCAGAAUUGUGGAGUCGAUGUGGGAGCUCUACUCUGAUGGUUUAGAGGUUAAUGGUAGAACCCUUCACUUCGCAGUGUCCGAGAUCAAAGGUGCCUUCAUCUUGCUUCCAAAAUUUCAUUAUUCGAUGAUGCGCCACUGCAGCAUGCACAACAUAAACUUGGGGAUUGCAGCGGUGGCCAAUGGGAGUAGUUUGCUCCUAUUGGCCCUCUUGGGCUACUUUGGAGACUGCGACAAUGUGUCUUUGGCAGAUCGGUUGGUGAUUGCCUACAAAGACUUCAAGGUUUUCUGCCGCACGAACCGUGUCUUCAGCUCCCAACCCCUGUUCACAGUCAAGAGUGCAGCUAAGCUAUACUAG